AUGCUGUUCACUUGGUUCAUGGUAAAUAUUGCAUCAAUCACGUGUUAUCAGCAUUUCCCCAAAAAGCUUUGGCGAUUAUGCUCAGUCUGUUUUAUUUAUAUCUGCUUGCACAAAGACUACUGGGGAGAAGUCUUUUUUUGUUUCAUCCAUUUCUUUCUGUCUUUCUCUCUUCUUUCUCUCUUCCUUCCUUCCUUCCUUCCUUCCUUCCUUCCUUCAUUUGUUUCUCUUUUUCUUUCCACAUCCCCUUUCUUUCUUUCUUUCUUUCUUUCUUUCUUUCUUUUAUACAAAACAUACCAAAUGCCUUCCAUACAUUUUCUCUUUAUUUUCCCUUGUAUAUCUUUUAUAUUUCCCCCCGAAAAGUAUAGAUACUAUACUAAUGUACAUUUAUCUCCGUAUUUAAAAUUGUUGCCUGUUUAUCUAUCUAUCUAUCUAUCUAUCUAUCUAUCUCAGUAUGUUCAAUAUAUAUCGGAACCUGAACAAUGUCUCUCUCACAAUGUUCAAUAUCUGUUUAACCAAACAUUUUCAAUAUCUAUGUCUGCAUAUUCAGUAUCUGUUUAUCCCACCAUGAUCAAUAUCUAUCUCUCUCGGCUUAAUCGAUACGUUGUUGUUGUUGUUGUUGUUGUUGUUCUUCUUCUUCUUCUUUCUUCUUCUUCUUCUUCUUCUUCUUCUUAUUCUUCUUCUUCCCUAACCACACCACAUUAG